CCUGUCCAGUAGGUUGCGGUAUACAGCUGAACUUGGUUGCGCUAGCUGUUAUUGAUGAAGAAUUGUGAAAGCCUCUUAAAAGGACCGAUUUAUCAGAUCGCCGGGUUAGACUGCUAGAUAAGUAUUCAAAUACAAGAGCCGAAAUGACUACUGCUCCAUACAACUACUCCUACAUCUUCAAAUACAUUAUUAUUGGGGAUAUGGGUGUAGGGAAAUCAUGCCUGCUUCACCAGUUCACAGAAAAGAAAUUCAUGGCAGACUGCCCCCACACUAUUGGAGUCGAGUUUGGCACAAGGAUAAUCGAGGUGAGCGGCCAGAAGAUCAAACUGCAGAUCUGGGACACUGCGGGACAGGAGCGCUUCAGGGCCGUCACACGCAGCUACUACAGGGGAGCAGCAGGGGCACUCAUGGUCUAUGACAUCACCAGGAGAAGCACAUACAACCACCUUAGCAGCUGGCUGACUGAUGCUAGAAACCUCACCAACCCUAAUACUGUGAUCAUUCUUAUUGGUAACAAGGCAGACUUGGAAGCCCAGCGAGAUGUAACCUAUGAGGAGGCUAAGCAGUUUGCUGAGGAGAACGGUCUAUUGUUCCUAGAGGCUAGUGCAAAGACGGGUGAGAAUGUGGAGGACGCGUUCCUGGAGGCAGCCAAGAAGAUCUACCAGAACAUUCAGGACGGAAGCCUGGACCUGAACGCCGCAGAGUCUGGUGUCCAGCACAAGCCCUCCGCCCCGCAGGGCGGACGGCUGACCAGUGACCCGCUGCCUCAGAAGGAAAGCUGCAGCUGCUAAUGACCCCACCCACUGACCCUCCAGCUGACCUUUGCCCCCUGUGCCACAGCCUCCCUCUACCACCCAGGAGCCCACAUGCCUCCACCAAGGCACUGACAUGACAGUCUGGGCCCCAGUAGGCUCUGAGCCAGGGAUGGGCAUUAUACCAUUCCCAGCCAUCUCUCUCUUUCUCUCUCUGUCUCCCCGUAUCUAUCUCACACGGCUAUGCUGUAUGUCCCCAUAGCCUACAUAACCCAGUGCACCCAGCACCUAUGAUGAGAUGAGCAAGCUUCAUGGGUCACACAUUGUGAUUAGAACACAGCAACAGAGAAAUAGGCCUUUGUGGCUGGCUGGCUGCUCUACUGAAGAAAAUGCCUUUUUCUAUCCACAGAAGAAACCAUGAUGUUCAUAACUAUAAAUGGAAUGAUUCAUCACUCUUGUGGUGUUUUGAAUGUAGUACUGUUUUAAUUCAAAUUAAAUUAUUAAGAGUGGCUGCAAAAUACUCAGCAAACAGGCACAGAUACCAAAGAUAAUGGAUGCAUGAUUCACUCAAUGUGUAUAACCAUUUACCAAAUUGUUCAUUCUUUUUAAACGUUUCCGGAGGUUUUUGGAAUACGUUGGAUUUACUUUUUGUUCGAUAUAAUUAAUAUAAAAUAUUUGCUAUUUUUGUACCCAUUUAUUUUAAUGAACAUUAGUGGGAAAUGAUAGGUACAGUAUCAUGUAGAAUAUGAGCGUGUGAAAUACCAAAUUGUCAAAUUUCUUAGGUGCCUCAAUGAGAGAGGUCUGACCUGUAGCAUGUACUAUUGGAAAAUUAGACAGAACUAGACAGAACACUGGCGUUGGAGUCCAAGAGAAAUCUUUGCACUUUUUGUGAUGUGGUGUGGAGGCCGUUUCGGUGGAGAUGGAGCUCCAGCAGGGGGGUUUUCACUAGAAACUGUACGGAAGCAAACAGGGAGGGAAAAACCUAAUUGUCCAAUGAAUUACACCCCAUCAAUAGAGAUUCUGAUCAGUGAGACAUCUCGGAUGCCCACUCCAGCUGUGACUCAAAUGGGAGUAUUGUAUGUGGAUCUAUGGUGGCUGUGAAAAUUGGUCAUCCUGCUCAGCCCGUGGCUUUGUAUUAGAGGGAUAUUUCUCCUAUGUCCCCUGGGGCACUUUAGUAGGACUUGAGGUGGUUCAGCAAUGCACCUCUCCCUUUGAUUGAUGUAAUCUCAGGGACUUCAUCUCACUACUUGCAUCCCAAAUUGUACCCAUAGGACUCUGGUCAGAAGUCGUGCACUUGCAUAGGUAAUAUUGUGGCAUUUGGGAUGCGACCCUUGAUCACACCCCCCAUAUCAUUCUCUCUGUGAUUGUUUUUGCCUGAUUUAGUGUUAACUUGUUACGCAGACUAAUGUAAGCACGCCGUUCUGUAAAUUCAAUAGGCUACUAUAUUAGAUUCAUAAAUAUAUUUUGAUAUAUUUUACUGCCUCUCUUCAGAUCAUAUGCACAGAUUGUACAAAACAUUUGGGACACAUUAAUAUUGAGCUGCACCCGCUUUUGCCCCCAGAACAGCCUUACUUUGUUGGGGCAUGGACUCUACAAUGUGUCAAGCUUUCCACAAGGAUGCUAGCCCAUGUUCACUCGAUGCUUCCCACAGUUUUGUCAAGUUGGCUGGAUAUCCUUUGGUUGGUGGACCAUUGUUGAUACACAAGGGAAACUGUUGAGCAUGAAAAACCCAGCAACGUUGCAGUUCUUCACACCUACUACCAUAC